ACUUUGUAUAGGUACUUGCUGCACGUCUCGGCAGCUUUCUAGAAAUAUGGCUGGAAACAACUCGACCGAUAUCCUGAUUGCCGGCGCGUUUGCUGCUUUCACGGUCGAUCUUCUUGUCUACCCUCUUGAUACACUCAAGACUAGAUUUCAAUCGCCUGAUUACAACCGAUUGUAUCUCGACAAAGCCACCAAUGCUGUCAACAAGCAAGUCCUCUUUCGAGGUCUAUACCAAGGCGUUGGCAGUGUCAUCAUAGCCACUCUACCCUCUUCAGGAGCAUUCUUCACCACCUACGAGGGCGUCAAGUCCACAUUCACCAGAUACAACCCCACCUUCUCCGGCUCCUCACCAUUACUACCACAACCUCUCAUCCACUCCGCCGCAUCCUCGAUAGCAGAACUGGUCUCUUGCGCCAUCCUCACACCCGCCGAAGUGAUCAAGCAAAAUGCACAAAUGGUCGAUACAGCAAAAGGCGACAAAGCCAACGCGACACUCCAGACAAUCGCAAAGUUCAGAUCAAACCCACUGGCAUUAUGGAGAGGAUACACCGCCCUGGCAGGCCGUAAUCUGCCCUUCACAGCAUUGCAGUUCCCUAUAUUUGAAAAACUCAAGGAAGGAAUCAAAAAGCAUAGAGAAGAUAGAGGAACGAGGACGAAUACUCUACUGGAGAACGGUCUGAUCACAGCCGCCAGUGCAGGAUCAGCGGGUGCUUUCGCCGCUGUCGUGACCACCCCAGUCGAUGUGGUCAAGACACGCAUCAUGUUAGCAGCAGCCUCCAGCGCAGCCGAAGACCAAGGAAACAAUGCCAAAUCAAAGUCUAGCGGCCCAGUCGACGCAAUGGGUCGCUCAGUCCAAAGCAAUGGAGCAGGUCUAAAAGGCGCAAUCCAAAACAGCAAAGAAGGUCUCAAAGACGCCAUCCAAAAUGUCGCGAAACCUGUGUCGAGAAAAGGAAGCAUACAAAUUGCAAGAGAGAUCAUCGCCGAUCAAGGUGUUGUCAAAGGACUCUUCCGUGGUGGUGCUUUGAGAGCGGUCUGGACAUUGAUAGGAUCUGGUCUUUACCUCGGUGUCUACGAGAGCGGUCGCGUUUACUUGGCACAAAGGAGAGGUGAGGACAUUGAUGACGAAGAUAUAUGAUAGAGCUAUAGAGAUAAUGUAUAUACGACCAUACAGAUAGAGCAAGUCCAAAUCUACUCAACUGCAUGUACUGUAGGUAUCUGAAGACAUCGCGAGUCUUUGACGUACGC